UGAAAAUGCAGAGGUUAACUUUCCUUCUCUAUGCUGGUUUUGGAAUUGUGUUGCCUUCUCAUGCGGGGAUGACGUGAGGAAGACUUGGUGGGCGUAUGGAGUGGUGGGGGAGGGGGAAGUGCAGCUAACCUUCAGGGCAGAGGAAGAUGAAGGACAACACUCCGGUCCUCAGCUUCCACCUUUCCCAAACUCUAUCCGUGACCAGUGAAGAAUGGGAGGGAACAGGGAGGGGCGCCGGCAUGAGCGGGGAGGGGCGGGCGAAGAGCUUCUGGACAUAUCUCACCAGCACCAGGCAGGGGAGGGGAGGGGAGGGGAGAGGAGGGGCGGGCAGGUGUUGUGAACUGGACGCGUUUGAAUACCCCGGCCCGACGGUGUAUGGUUGGUUGCCCACAGUCACGUGACCGCCUCAGUGGUAACCAUGUUGAGGGAAAUAUCGAGGGCUCACUUCCGCUGGGCGUGCCGGUGUGAGUGCGGGGUGGGAGGGGAGCACCCGUGGGUGCAGGGGGAACAACAACACCCUCUCCUGCGUCAGGUUACUGAAAAGGAAGAAAAUGAAGACACAGAGUGUGGUGGCAUCAGCGGAGGGGCGGGCAGCAGCGGCCAUGGCCGACCACCACCACUGGUUCAGUACUCAACCACGCAGGGCUGUCGUCGGCCCGCACUCUCCGUGGUCACCCGUCGCCCCCCACUCCGCCCGCCCGACGUUCGCGCCGCGAGUGCCCCGCCUCAGCGUCUCCGCCCGUCGCUCCCGCCGCGGGUUGUCCUCGAGCCGCUCAGCAGCCGGCACAGCAGGAAGAGCGUGUGUCGGCGCGGCGGAGUGAGGCCACAGCAAGGCCAGUGUGGUGGUGCGGCGUGAUGAGUGUGGCGACCUUGGCAGUGGUGUGCCCCACAGGUGCAGGGACCCUGCCACGCCCCCUGUUGCUGGCACUGCACGUCACGCCUCAGGCCGGCACAGUCUGAGGCACCGGUGCCGCAACACCAGUGCGUCGCCAGGUACACCACCAUGAUGUCCCUCAGUGCCGGCGAGUGUUCCUUGGCGGGGUUCGGUUUGCCGCAGGUGGGAGCCGCGCCCUCACCCAGCCACGCCCACCUGGACUACAACGACAACGUGACGGCCUCGCCCAUGGCCGCCCACCCAGGAGAGGGCGGCGGCCCGCACUAUGCGACACAGGGCAACCUCAUGGGCGGGCCAUACCACCCUGCGGGGCUGCCGGGCCAACUGGAGUGUUCCUUGAGCCCCUCCCCGCUGCGGUCCCUCCACCCCGGGGCCGCCCAUCCUGGAGGACUCAUGUACCCGAGCCCCACCCCUCUACUCCCCCACCUGCAGCACCAGCAGCACCACCACCAUCCCCACCACCACCCUCACCACCACCCCAGGGGGCUGGAGCCCUACCCCGGCAGUGGCGGCGGCCCCCGCUGGGAGGGCGGCGGCGGUGCGGGGCGGUGCGGUGCCGGAGAAAAGGCGAGGCGGGAGCAGCGCAUCCGGCGUCCCAUGAACGCCUUCAUGGUGUGGGCGAAGGUGGAACGUAAGAAGCUGGCAGACGAGAACCCGGACCUGCACAACGCCGACCUCUCCAAGAUGCUGGGUAAGAAGUGGCGCUCCCUCACUCCUACGGACCGCCGCCCAUACGUGGAGGAGGCGGAGAGGCUCAGGCUAAGGCACAUGGCGGAGCAUCCCAACUACAAGUACCGCCCGCGACGCCGCAAGCAACAACAGCCCAAGAAACCCAGUGGGCCUCAGCAGUCCUCCUUGGGUUCCUCUGGCCAGCACGGGACGCAGCCACCGGGGAGAAGGGUCCAGGAAGAAGCCGUGACCCCGACCCCUACUGUGAGUGUCUCCUCGUCCCUCAACACCCCGGAGACUUCCCCAGGUAGCUCCCCAGACCCUGACCCGCGCAGGGCGUCCCACCCCCACCACCACCACCACCACCGCUCUCAUACUGGCUCCUCAUCCUCGUCCGGUGUCGGAGGAGGCCCGCUGCCCACGCCGCCUGAGGUGUCGCCCGGGGCGGGUCCGGAAGAGGAUGCCACGCCCGUGUCGCGGCUUAUCUCCAUGUUUGAGCGCGCCCCAGCCUUCCCCGACGCCUUCCACUCCCUCAGCAGCAUCGUGUCCUCCUACAACCCCGCCUCGUCCCCUGACGCAGGAGGGAGUGAAGGAGACGAGGCGCUGGAAGGCAGCUACUCACAGACCCCCGACCCUCGCCCCGCCCAGGAGAGCGAGGCCCCCACACACUACCCUCCCCUGAACAGCCCCAGAGAAAAGCUCAUGUGCUGCCCAGCUGACAACUCGCCGCGGGGGGAUGCCGUCAGAGUCCCCUGUAGGGAGUAUAACACGCCCCCAGCCCCUGCCCCUCCCACGGCUCCCCCAGCACCGCCACCACACCACCAACACGCCGUCAAAGCUGAGCCGCCGUCAGUGCCGCAGGUGCCGUGCGUCUAUCCCGCCGCCUCUGCCCCCUCCCCCGCUCCUCCCCCUGCCACACCCAUGAUCUACGGCUACUCCCCGGGACCACACCCUCCCUACCCUGCCAUGGCUCCCCCGCCCAUGGUGCCCUACCAGGGGCCAGGCGGGCCACACCAAGGCCACUACCCCACCGUAGGCCAGGUGGGCCACGACGUGGACCUGGACGUGGACCGCGCCGAGUUUGACCGGUAUCUGAGUGGGCAGGAGUGUGGGGGAGCGGGGCGGCCACAGCAGCAGGUGGUGGGCGGGAGCGGAUGGGCGGCGCCACACCCGCCACACCCGUCCCAGUGCCACCCGCGCCAGGAUUACCGCCACGACUACCAGGAGCAGUACCGGGAAGCGAGCGAGGCCGUCUACCGGGAGGAGCAGCUGCGUCUGGAGUACCGGAGCGACGCCCUGGCCCACUACAGGGAGGAGGGCAACCCCUAUCCCCGGGAGGAGUACCCCGAGGAAGAGUACUCGCGGCUGCAUCACUACCGGGGGGAGCGGCAGCAGUACCCCGGGGAGCAGGUGUACCGGGGCUAUGAGGGCAGCAUGGGUUACCCGGGGGAAGAGUACCGGGGGCCCGUGGGCGGCGUGGGCAGCACCUUCGUCAGCGCCCUGGCCGAUGUGAGGCACGUGUAUUAUGAGACGUAGUUAAUCCCCACCCCCACCCACUCCCUAAUCCCCCUCCCAACCCUACCCAUCCCUCUCCUCUCUCUCUCUCUCUCUCUCUCUCUCUCUCUCUCUCUUACUCCACUCGAAAGAUAAUCUUCUCUCCUCUCCUCCUCUCCUCUUCCUCCUCCUCCUCCUCCUCCUCCUCCUCCUCCUCCUCCUCCUCCUCCUCCUCCUACCCCAAGACGAUUAUUCCAACAAAUUACUUAAUCACUGAAAUUAUGUUAACUCCUGUGAACACGCAGGAGGGACGGGAGAGGAGGGGGAGGGAAGGGAGGAGAAGAUUGUGGCAAGCCCCUCCCUCCCUUCCAUCCUUCCCUCCCUCCUCCCUUUCCCUCUUGAGCGUGGAGAGAACAAGACAAACAGCAGCGCGGUUGACCACUUCUUGUUUAGGAAAUUUUAAUCAAUGCUUGGGCCAUCCUGCGCAUCCCAUUGUUACACACACACACACACACACACACACACACACACACACACACACACACACACACACACACACAAACCUGUCCCCGCCCAACAGUACAUCCACAAACACCGCCCCCUCACGCACACACAGACACACAAGGAACAAAAAAUAUUGUAUGAAGAGAGGAGGAAAAAACAAAAAUAAGUUUAUCGUGGCAACAAUGCAAUACCACCCAUUCAUGUAGCUGCGCCCACCACCACCACCACCACCAACACAACCACCACCACCACUGCAUCCACUCCGACCGCCACACGCACCCUGGCCACCCCCCACCCCCCACCACACACACUUUUACCUGCCACACACCUCUAAUACACCUGGCGCAAAAACUCACGUCACCUACCAACAUUUACCCACCUUUCACAAGAACACGUGAGCUCGCCAGGUGAACGCAGCACAGGAUUGAUCGCUCCAAGAAACAUACUAAAGUAAAGACACACGCUUCUUGAUUUGGGGGUGAAAUAUGAGGGAUUGCAGAGGACAAGAGGUAGUGAUAGAUGUUUUGGCUCCUUAUAUUAUGUGUUACUCUGUACUGAUUAAUAAGAAAGAUAGGACAGCACAAUAAAAGACUGAUCUCUUCUCCCCUGUCAUUAUUCUGCCAAAGCUUUUUCUUCUUAUGAUGCGUUCCUGUAACUUCAUUUCUAUAAACUUCUCUUCUUAUAAUAUUCUUUUUCCAUACUCUCUCUCUCUCUCUCUCUCUCUCUCUCUCUCUCUCUCUCUCUCUCUCUCUCUCUCUCUCUCUCUCUCUCUCUCUCUCUCUCUUUUUAGCUUCUUUCUUACCCAUUUCCUAUAAAACCCCUCUUCUUAUAGCACUCUUUUCCAUAAUUUCUCUUUUCUAUACCUUUUUUUCUCAGCCCCUAUAACACAUUUCUUAUAUCCUUUUCCUGUAACACUCUUCUACUUAACCAUCUUUCUCAUACUCAUUCCUUAUAAUUUCUUUCUUACUGCUGCAACACUUUCAUAUAUCCUUUUUCCUAUAAUUUUCUUCCUUAUUUACCUUUGCCUACACUUUCACCCUGCUAUGUUCCCUAUAAUCUCUUUCUUUUUCACAUAACAUAGCUUGUCCUAUACGCUCUGUCUCCCUGUCCCGUUAACUCAUGUCUUUUGGUAAUGCCCAUUCCAUCCUCAACCGUUUCUUUCUUCCUUUUCUACCCUUCCUUCUUUUCUCGUCGCCUUUUUAUCCCAUCCCUGCCUAUUCUGUUCGUGUCUUUCUGGCAGAUCCUUCCUUAAUCUCAUCCUCACUUUUCCUUUCUCCAUCUUCAACCGUUUCUUUUUUUCCUUAUUCUUUCCUUAUUGCUUUCCUUUUCGCCUUUUCAUUCCAUUCCUGCCUGUUCUAUUUAUGUCUUCCUGUUAGAUCCUUCCUCAGUUUUAUCCUCACCACUCCACCUCUUCUUUCUCCAAGCAUACCUCGUUCCCCCUCACUCCUUGCAUUGCUCCCGCUCUUCCCGCUCCUCUCAACCUCAUUUCUUCCUUUCCCGCCUCGCCCACCCCGGCUCCACCCAAUCCCAGGUAGAAGUAUGUGGUUUGGGGGAAAAAUCUGACGCCCACCUCACACCGCUGACCCAAAAGAGAGGGAAAUGUAACAAUGAAACAAUAAACUAACCGCCUCUACCGCUGGCAUGCUGCUGAUAUAACCCCGGAAAAAAAUGACAGAAGAAAAAAGAAAUGAGAUUGUUAUGAAAUUUCAGUGAGAAUAAGAUGAUGUGAUAACAGUGACAGUGAUCCAUUUCGUGCCAAAAAAAAAACAAAAAAAUAAAUAGAUAAAUAAAUAUGUAAAUAAAUAAAUAAAAAGUGGAGUUUGGAUUAGAAAAGGAAGAAAAUUUAUUAUUUUCAUGACACGAUAGAAAAUAAUAUGAGGAAAGGAUGUGUGUGUUUUUUUUUAAUAUAGAAAAAAAAGUGUAUAUGUAAAAUUAACAGUUGAAUGUAAAAAAAAAAGACAUGUAACUUUUUUUUAUGAAUACUUCAAGUAUAGAAGAUAAGACGGUGUUUUCUUUACUUUUUAUUUUUUUACCUUCCUAUUCUUUAUUUCCGAGUACUUUUUCUUUUAUCUUCCUCCUUACAAUUAUUUGCUUUUCUUUUCUAUUUUCUUAAGAUAUUUUCAUUUCCUCCCUCUUUCCUUAAAAAUAUUUGGUUUUCUGCCCUUUUUAUUUUUCUUCAGUUACCUUUUCCUACUUUUUCUCUAGAGCCAAACCAGAAGGAAUGAGUGGCCGGUGUACAUACAGAGAGUGGAGUGAAUGACAUCACCACGCAGCAUAAGAUAGGGUAGGUAGGUGUGUCUGUAGACGUAAGACAUUGUAGGAACAGUAGACGUGCAGUGUGUGUGUGUGUGUGUGUGUGUGUGUGUGUGUGUGUGUGUGUGUGUGUGUGUGUGUGUGUGUGUGUGUGUGUGUGUUUACAGU